AUGAAGACACUCGGCGCCAGUCUCACCUUAGCUCUCGCAGGCCAUGUCGCUGCACAUGGCUAUGUGUACAAAAUCUCGGUGGACAAUACCGUAUAUCCCGGCUGGGACGUCUACAUCGACUCGCUGGUGACGCCCAAGCCGCCUCGCAUCGCCUUCGGCGGCGGCGGUGUCAACCCGAUCUUUAACGUCAGCGCCCCCGAGCUCGCUUGCAACUUCGGUCCCACGCCUCCCGGCGCCAUCGCCGAAGUCCGAGCCGGUAGCAACAUCACCUUCAACUGGUCCCGCUGGCUGUAUAGCCACAAGGGUCCCAUCACGGCGUGGCUGGCCCCUUAUGAGGGCGACGUCGCGAAGGUAGACGUCAACAAGCUCGAGUUCUUCAAGAUUGCCGAGGACACCGUCGAUGGCAAGGGCGUCUGGGCCAACGUCCGCUUGAUGGACCAGUCUAACGGGACCUGGACCGCCACGAUCCCGGCCGACAUCCAGCCGGGGACGUAUGUAAUUCGGCACGAGCUCAUGGCCCUGCACUUCGCCGUGUCCACACCGCCGGGCUUCGAAUGGUCGCCCGUCGGCCCGCAAUUCUACAUGGCGUGCUUCAACCUCAACGUCACCAGCAGCGGGACGGCCACUCCCAAAGGCGUCACAUUCCCCGGCGGAUACAGUCUCGCGAAGGAUCCGGGGCUGAAGUUCAACCUCAGCUCGGACAAGGCGUUCACGCCCAUCGGCCCGGCACUUUACAAGAGCGCGUACGCUGCGAAUCUGACGCCGAAGGCUAUUGUGGCCAUUAGCCCUACGGGAAACGGCACAGAUGCGGACAACGCGUAUUAUGCCACGCAGAAUCAGGCUCUGCAGGCGCAGGCGGCAAUGACGGAGUAUUUUGACUCGAUUGGAGGGUGA